AGUUAAUAUUGAAGUAGAGCAAGAGCAAAAGAGACAGAAAAUAAACAGUCAGCCUUCUCGAAUUCAACGUACUAUAAGGUGUAAGCCCAUAAAAAUGCGUUCUAAAAAAGGACAUUACAAGAUCUCCUUUAAUGAAAUAAAUUACUUUGUAGACCUUGAUGUAAAACUUUUACAGAAAAUCUUAUUCAUUAUCAUCUAUGUAUUUUAAGUAAUAUUAAAAAUACUAAUUACAUUUCAAUUUCGGAAGGUGCUUGUACGCCAACCGUAAAUUAAAUUUGAACGAGUUGUAUGUUUUACAUUGUCACUAAUGUCAUAAUAACAAUAUUUAAAAAUACAAGACGUCAAAUAGGCGGCGGGAUAAACGAAAACAUUGGUUUAUUAGUGAAAUAUUUAGAAAAUUAACCAAUAAUUUAUCAACUUGUCGUUUAUUUAGUGGGGUAAAGUUAUUGGCUACUAAUCCAUCAAGUUUUAUUGGCACUGCGAACACAAAAAGUGUAAAAAAAACAUUGAAGUUUACCUGGACACAGUUCGUAUUACUACAUAAGUCAUGGAAAAAACAGAGUCUACCGGUAGAAGUAGUGCAGAAGGUUGCAUGAACAUUGAUUUAAUGCGGUCCCUUGUGAAACAGUAUUCAGAACUGGGACAAUGGACCAGCGCUCUAUUCUGGGCAGAUGCAGCGGCUGCAGCAGCUGCUGGGGGAACAGAUGCGGCAAGUGGGGAUGACGUGUGGCUCCUAGCUAGUGCCAUGCUGGCCAGAGGAGAGCUGCACAGAGCAGCACAUGCUGUUACUUCUAGAGGAUUGCAUAGACGUCACCUUCUAUGCCUUGGAGUGGCAAUGAGAGCAUAUAUUGCGGCUAAAGAACCUGCAAAUGCUUUAAACCUGAUGGAUGAGUGUGACCCUGUGCUGCUUGAGGCUAGGAAUACAGACCAGACACAUAAUCGCGCGCUGGCGGGCGUGCUGGUGUGGCAGGCGCGCGCGCUGUGCGCGCUGGAGCGGCGCGAGGCGGCGGCCGAGGCGCUGGCGGCCGCGCUGCGGGCCGACGCCGCGCACUACGAGGCGCUCGACCUGCUGCUCGACCAGCACGCGCUCACGCCGCACCAGGAGAGCGAGCUGAUCGAGUCGCUGCCCAUCAGCAGUCAGCUGAGCGCGGCGGAGGGCGCGCUGCUGCGGGCCGCCUACAGAGAGAGGCUCGACCGGUACUCACCCGCGCCCGCCACUGCGCCGCCGCCCGAGACCGACUGCCCUGUGACGGAGGCGGCGGCCGUGGGCAGCCGCACUCAAUUCGGCGUGAUGUCGCAGGCGCGGCGGCUGGCGGCGGCGUGUCGCUGGCGCGCGGCCCUGGCGGCCCUGGACACGCUGGACCCCUGGGCCGCGCCCGACGUCAGGGCCGCGUGUCUCGUGGAGCUCAAGAAGAGCUCCGAGCUCUUCGCCUUCGCACACUCGCUCGUUGAUUACUAUCCUAACGCGUGGACGUCCUGGUAUGCGGUCGGGUGCUAUUAUUAUCUUAUAGGUAAAAGCGAGCUGGCUCGUCGGUACCUGAGCAAAGCGAAGAGCUUGGAGCCGAGCGCGGGCUGCGUGUGGCUCGCCUACGGACACAGCUUCGCCGCGGACAACGAACACGACCAGGCUAUGGCCGCUUACUUCAAAGCUAGCCAGUUGAUGGCGGGCUGUCACCUCCCACCGCUGUACGUCGGCGUCGAGUGCUCUCUACUCAACAACUUUACGAUGUGCGAGAGAUUCCUCACAAGAGCCGCCGCCCUACAUAAUAAUGCUAAGGUGGUGGAGGAGGGCUCGCUGGGCGCGCGCGCGCAGUGGUCGCGCGUGCUGGGCGUGGUCCGGUCCGCGCACGUGGCGCACGAGGCGGGCGCCGCCGCCUUCGCGGACGGGGACUGGCGGGCCGCGCGCGCGCUCUGGCUGCACGCGCUGGACAUCGCCGCGCCCGACCACGCCGAUACGAACCCAUGUUGGGCGGCGACGCUGGACGCGCUGGGACACGUGUCCCGCGUGCUGGGCCGCGCGCGCGAGGCCCUGCAGUGGCACGAGCGGGCCCUGGCGCUGCGGCCCGCGCGCGCCGCCACGCUGGCCGCCGUGGGGCUGUGUCUGGCGCUGCUGGGGCAGGAGCGGCGCGCGGCGGACGUGUUGCACGCCGCGCUGGCCAGGGACCCGGACGAUGUGGUCGCGCACGCACUGCUCGAUGCUAUCGUAGAUAGGCUGGAUGCUGCGCUUACUGAGGAGGAGAUCCCACAGUUCCCGUUCCCAACAGUGAACAUAUCGUUACCGGCCAUCACUCCGGCCGCGCCCGCCACGCCCACAGCCGACGCGACCAACAACUCCGACAUGAGCAUGAGCUUCGACUGAUAGACGUUGCCUAGCAACGCGUUAGUGACGUUGCUUAGCAACGCUUUAGUGAUGUUGCCUAGCAACGAGUUAGUUACGUGACGCCGCGACGCUGCUGGAGGCGUAGCGGAGCGCAUUGAAAUGAGAAUUUAUUCUUAUAUAGACCGUAUGUAAAGGUAGUUAAGGUUUAUAUCAAAUUGUCUUCAUUUGCGCUCCGUCGCGCCUCCAGCAAUGUACGCUGGGCUUAUAUUGUCAAACGUACCACCACGAACUAUCGCCACCUUAUUGUAGGUGUGGAAUAGAGAUGCCCCACUACACCGUGUAAUGCUCUGUCACGCUUCCACAACCAUAAUAAUAACUCAAAAGACGUGGUGGCAAUCCUACACAGACCAGCGUUAUAAUUGAAUCCAAAUAAAGUAAAAUGAACUCUUAUGUCAUUGGAAUAAGAGUCUUACUAACUCGAUUAUUUAUAAAUACUUUACUGUACAGUGCUUCGUCGCAACUUUAGGCUGCGCUGUUAGUCAAUACUACUCAUAAAUUAAUGAUACAGUGUAUUAUUGUAAAGGAAAGGUACUAUCUGUGUUAACUAUGUAUUUAUUGCAAUAUACUACUUAAGUGUCUUGUCUUCAUUGUACCUAUGGUAAUUUACGCGAGUUUGUAUGACAAAGUCAACGCACAGAUUGUGAACAAGCUAGAGAAAAUAUCGAUUUAUACUAGUCUGAGUUAAAGCUUUUCAAAAUGUCCGUAUGGAUUGAGGAGCCACUUUCGAUUUAAAAAGGAAGCUCGCUCCCUUAUUUAGUAGGAAAGUAAAUAA